ACAACAUACAUCUGUUUUCUCACCCAUAAAAUUUAACAUCUUUACAGGUUCUCUCUAUAUCUAAAAUGGCAAUAAAAGGAUCAGGACGCAAAAGGAUUCCGAUGGAGAAGAUAGAUGACUCAAGUAAGGUUGGGGUUACCUUCUCAAAAAGACGGUCUGGCCUCUUUAAGAAGGCAUGUGGGGUCCGCCUUCUAUGUGACUGUCAAACUGCUAUUGUUAUCUUCUCACGGGACAACAAAGUUUAUUCUUUUGGUGAUCCCUCGGCAGAUAGGAUUUUUAAUUCCUUCAUCGACGCUGACGCUAUCCCUGCGGAAGAGGGCGAUGUGACCGAUGUCCCACAGUCCAUAGAGGGUUAUGAUUUUUCUCAACUGAUGGAAGAGAUGAAAGAAUAUGAAGGCAUAGUUGAGGCCGAGAAAACUGAGGAAAAUGGCUUUGCUGAAGUUGAGAACGAUCCUCAAGAUGAGAAUUGCUUGGGGAAAUUGUGGUCAGUACCAGUGGAGGAACUAACAUUGGCGGAAGCUGAAGAAAUGUUGGCCAAAUUGGAGGAGUUUAAACCAUCUGAAGACAAUUCUAGCAGCCAACCACAAACAUAAUCAACAAGACACAAAAAAUGUAGGAUUUAUUUGCCCAACCAAUUGAUAACAAUAUUACAGGGCUGUGUAUCUUUAGCAGAAUUAAAUAAUAUUAAUAUUAUAUAUGUACGGGCCUUUUUUUAUUGAUUAUGUGAUAACAUAAUGAUACUUACUUGGUACAUGAAUAAGAAAACACCCCAAUGAAUAUGUGUAUGAAGCCAAUAUUAAGAUUUUAAGCUCGUUUCAGUGGUAAUAAUACAGCCACCCCGAGUCCAUGU